AUGGCACUUGAAUGCCUAGCUCUUGACAAUCAGAUAGAAGAUUGGAGGAGGGAUAUCAUUAACCAUUUGUCAUAUCCCAAUAAUCCAGCAUCCAGAAAGGUCAAAGUGAUGAAGUUUGGCAAUAUUCAAAAAGCACUAGCAGCGAACAUGCAGCCUAUCAUUAAACCAUGGCCAUUCAGAGGAUGGGUGCUUGAUAUCAUUGGAAAGAUUUUUCCUGUCUCAUCUAAAGGCCAUCAUUUUAUUCUGGUAGCUACUGAUUAUUUCACAAAAUGGGUAGAGGCAGUACCUCUGAAAAAGGGGACAAUGUUCACUAGAGGAGAGGUCAAAGCAUUUAUGGAAGACUAUGGAGUCAAAUUACUCACAUCUACCCCAUGCUAUGCUCAGGCCAAUGGACAGGCAAAGGCUUCAAAUAAGGUAAUGAUUUCUAUCUUGCAGAAAACUAUUGAGGAUAAUCCUAUAGCAUGGCACAAGAUAUUACAAGAAACAUUAUGGGCUUACCGCAUAUCCAAGAGAACAAAUACUGCAACCAGCCCUUUUGCCCUCACUUAUGGGCAUGAUGCAGAAUCAAGGAUAGAGAAUUGGGCAAACGGUCUCCAAAUUGGGAAAGGCCCUUCAAGGUGCAUAGAAUUCUCAAAGGCAGUGCAUGCUGGUUAG